AAACAAACCUCAACUCACAGAAAGCCACCACAUGUGGGAGGCGGUGACUGACCUUUGUCACAUGCUUAUUCUUUCCUAUAAUAAAAAAGGGAGCACAAAAAGCAAAUAGCGCAUGAUCACCUUUCUAGCAUGGCUCAAUAGGUAGCGACCAGAGAUGCUCUUUCCCAGAACCGAGUUGCACAGCUUCGACUUGAUUUUCACCACACAGUCAUGGUUGCGGCGGGUGCAGCGCAGCAUUUCCGUUGUGGAUCAGGCAGUUAAUUGUUGUGACCAGACCUCCCGCGCUUGCAUGACCCGUCAUCAAACUCGACGUCGCCCAAGCUCCCAGCUACGCAAAUGCCCGCCCUCGAUUCGGACGACGAGGCGUACACGGCGCAUGCUCAGAGUGGCACCGACUCGGACGGCGAGCCGGAUGAACAUGACCCCCACCGUCGCGUCCCCGGCCCUGCCGCCGCUGGCGCUGGCGCCGACGCUUCGCUAGAAGAGGGAAGCCACGAACGGGACCGGGCCGAAAUGGAGGAGGGUAUGCUUCCGCGGGACAUGCCUCACAAGACGGCCUUUUACGACUUGGUCGCCGAGCGGCAAAUGACCCAGACCGAUGCCAAGUUGUUCUACCAGCGAAGCCAGGCCGAGAGCCGCACCCAGCUGAACCAGCUCGCCCAAAUGUCGUCCCACAGUAGUCCGCUCCUCUCUGCGGGCGCUGGGCUCUCGUCUUCUCACUCGGACCUUGCGUCCAAUCUCGGCCAUAGCUUCAGUAACCUCAGGCUUCCGGAUUCGGACGCGGCUCAUAUUCCUGAGCCAGCGCUUGGGCGUCCCCUCAGAGGAGACCCCAGCCACUUUGGGACCGAUCACCCUCCAAGCCGUGGAGGCUACGCUCGGGGUAACAAUGCGGGACCGGAUGCAGGGAAUCAGCUCGGCUCCGCCAUCCAGCAGCAGACGCUACUAAGCGGUGCAGUUACCGGUAUCGGGAGCAGUACGUUCAUGGAUGCGGACCCCCAGAUCGACGCCGAGUUGAGCACCAUCUUCAAGAGCGUCCAGAAAGUGUUGGACAUCAGGCGCAAGUACAUCCGCUUGUCGCUCCAACGACCCGGCGACAACCCGAAAGAUGAUCCGAGCUGGAACAUCUACCCGCCCCCUCCGGAGCCGGCGUGGACCGAGGGUCGAGAGAAGGCCGCCCGCGACGCCCACAGUGCCAACAACAGCAUGCAAAACAGCUUGGUGCUCAAUGUCGACAAACAGCGCGGCAGCGGCAAUCCCCCGGAGCAACCUUCGGACCAGAGCAGCAGCGCUCCCCCGCGCAAGUCAAACGCCAGGAAACGCAAGCCGGGCCAGGACAUUGGCGAGGACUUCGACAUGGACGAUUUGCUGCCACUCCCGGGGCCGAGCGAGAUGACUUUCCAGUUAGACGAUAACGGUGUGUACCAGGUCUACGACGACGAACAGUCGGCAAAGGCCGGCACGCCCUUCGUCGACGUUCCAACCAUCAAGGAGUAUUACCUGGACCUCGAGGAGAUUCUGAAUGUUUCGUCGGACGGCCCCAUCAAGAGCUUUGCGUUCCGGCGUCUGCAGUAUCUCGAGGGCAAAUUCAACCUCUACAUUCUCCUCAACGAGUAUCAGGAGACGGCCGACAGCAAGAAGGUGCCGCACCGCGACUUCUACAACGUGAGGAAGGUCGACACGCACGUCCACCACUCGGCCUGCAUGAACCAGAAGCACCUGCUGCGUUUCAUCAAGAGCAAGAUGAAGAAGUUCCCGGAUGAGAUUGUCCUGUUCCGCGACGGGAAGCAUCUGACGCUGGCCGAGGUGUUUGAGAGCAUCAACUUGACCGCCUACGACCUCAGCAUUGACACGCUCGACAUGCACGCGCACAAGGACUCGUUCCACCGCUUCGACAAGUUCAACCUCAAGUACAACCCGAUCGGCGAGUCGCGGCUGCGGACGAUCUUCCUCAAGACAGAUAACUUCAUUAAGGGCCGGUAUCUGGCUGAGAUCACCAAGGAAGUCAUCUCCGAUCUCGAGUCGAGUAAGUAUCAGAUGGUGGAGUGGCGCAUUUCCAUCUACGGCAAGUCGCUCGACGAGUGGGACAAGCUCGCGGCCUGGGUCGUCGACAACAAGCUCUUCUCGCACAACGUCCGCUGGCUGAUCCAGAUCCCCCGGCUCUACGACGUGUACAAGGAAAGCGGCCUCAUGACGUCGUUCGAACAGAUCGUCCGGAAUCUCUUCCAGCCGUUAUUCGAGGUCACCAAGGACCCAACCAGCCACCCCAAGCUGCACAUCUUCCUGCAGCGUGUCGUGGGCCUCGACAGCGUCGACGACGAGAGCAAGGUCGAGCGGAGACUCUUCAAAAAGUUCCCGGUGCCGCGGGCGUGGGACACGAAGCAGAACCCGCCCUACACGUACUGGAUCUACUAUCUCUUCGCAAACCUGGUGUCGCUGAACCACUUCCGCAAGCGGCGAGGAUUCAACACGUUCGUCUUGCGUCCGCACUGCGGUGAGGCAGGCGACAGCGAGCAUCUUGCGGUGGCGGCGCUGUGUUGUCACAGCAUCAGCCACGGGCUGCUGCUCCGCAAGGUGCCGCUGCUGCAGUACGUCUUCUACCUCGAGCAAAUCGGCAUUGCAAUGUCCCCGCUCAGCAACAACGCGCUGUUUUUGGCGUACGAGCGCAACCCGUUCCCUCAAUAUUUCAAGCGCGGCCUGAACGUAUCGCUCUCGACGGACGACCCGCUCCAGUUUGCCUUUACCAAGGAGCCGUUGAUUGAAGAGUAUGCGGUUGCCGCGCAGAUCUACAAGCUGAGUCCUGUAGAUAUGUGCGAACUGGCAAAGAACUCGGUCAAGCAGAGCGGGUACGAGUUCUCCAUCAAGCAGCAGUGGCUGGGGCAGAACUUUCACCUGCCGGGCAAGCUGGGGAACACGAUGGUGAAGACAAACGUGCCAGAUCGGAGAGAGGAGUUCCGCUAUCACACGCUCUUAGAGGAGCGGAUGAUGUGAGUGGUCUGAUGAUGCUGCUUUUCCAUGUUGAAGUGAAAGACUGAGCAGCGCCUAACACGGAAUCCCAGGCUGGAGCGAUACACCUCCCUUCCCACGGACGCGCCCUCGGUGAGCGACGUCAACACCGCAGCCCACCCCUCGCGCUCUCCAGCCCUUUCGGCCCAGAC